UGACAUUGUCGAGUUAAUGGUGGCAAAGCUGUCGAGGAGGUAAAUACCGUAGCAACUUUGACGUUUGUGUUCUUGUACAGGACACUUAGAUUCACUCUUAUUCGGCCAUCACUAGACACAUGUAAGGCCUUGCCUGUUUCUGGAAGGGCGAUCUUAGACCAGUGCUCUCCUAAUGUGUACUACCAACCAGGAUGUGAAUUUGUACCAGAUACCGGGACAGAACACUCAGGCUUUCACCGGUUGACAUAAAAGAAAAAUGGGAGAAGCCGGGGCCAGGGCCUCAUCAUCCCCUCAGUUUGGACAGCUAGAGGUUACAAUCCAGUCUGCCAAGCUGUCCUCUUUGGGUGGCCUGUUUUCGUCGAAGCCUGAUGCAUUUGUAGAGCUGAGUGUGGACGGACAGCCCCCUCGCCGAACGGAGGUCGUGAAGAAGUCCAGCACACCAAAAUGGGACGAACACAUUACUGUAUUGGUGACUCCAUAUUCCAAGCUGGAAUUCCGAGUUUUAAAUCAAAACCACAUCCGAGCCAACUCCCUUCUGGGUCAAGUCCAGGUUGAUUUACAUCCAUUACUUGUGGAGAAUAAUGGCAAAUUUAAGAACCUGAGCAAGAAAUGUGAGCUACGGCCAGAAGGUAGAGGCAUGUCUGGGGAGCUGCACAUAGCCCUGAAUGGGAUGGAUGUGAACAUGGCCCGCUUCCCAGUUAGGCAAGCUUCAGCACUCACAAAUGGCUCCUCCAGCUCUAGCGAUUUGGCCAAUGGCACAGCUGGAUCUGCAAGCUCUUCUGGGGCGUCUGGUCCAGCCCCACCCCCUGCAGGCAGUCGACGGGAGAGACAGAACAGAGCAUCUACAGGCAGUUCUGGUGGACCUUCGAGCCGUGCACAUCGCAACAGCAUCCCUGCUAGCUCAUCUGCAAACUCAACUCCCACUAGCUCUGGCACAACCCCCUCCAGAGCUGCAUCCACAGCUGGUCAAGGUGCCAGUAACACGACGACCCCACCCUCCCAGAUGAGUAGGAGCCGUGGGACUACAGCCUCCACCACUUCACUGUCCAGCACUGGGGCUGCCUCCACCGAUUCAGUGCGCACCCCAGCUCCCAUGCCGGCUGUCAUGCCGGGACAGACCCCAUCCAAUGGGUGUGUACCAUAUGAGGUGACAGGGCCAGAGGGCAGUGGUCCUCAAGGGGAGAGUCAACAGAACACCAGUCAGGAGCCCAUCCCACCAGGCUGGGAGACCAGGUUUGAUCCUCAAGGCAGACCAUAUUAUGUAGACCACAACACACGGACAACCACAUGGGAACGGCCACAGCCAUUGCCCCCAGGGUGGGAGCGUAGAAUUGACCAUCGAGGGAGGGUUUAUUAUGUUGACCACAACACGCGCACAACAACAUGGCAGAGACCAAAUUUGGAUAUGGUGCAAAACUGGCAGAACUGGCAACAGUGGCGAAAUAACAGAACGAUGGAACAACUACAGCAAAGAUUCCUUUUCCCGAAUAACCCUGCCAUUAACCCCGACAACGACCCCUUGGGCGUUCUGCCAGAUGGAUGGGAGAAGAGAGUAGAUGCUAAUGGCAGAGUGUAUUUUGUGAACCACAAGAACAGGACAACUCAGUGGGAAGAUCCAAGGACACAGGGGAUAGUGCAAGAGGAUCCCCUACCAGAGGGCUGGGAGAUGAGGUACACCACAGAGGGAGUUCGUUACUUUGUUGACCACAACACCAGAACAACCACAUUCCAGGACCCCCGGGACGGGCCAUCUAAAGGGCCAAAAGGUGUAUUUGGGGUGCCCAUCCAGUACGAGAGAAGUUUCAGGUGGAAACUGGGACAGUUCCGCUAUCUUUGCCAGUCCAAUGCUUUGCCAGGACACGUCAAGAUCACAGUGUCCAGAGAAAACCUCUUUGAAGAUUCCUUCCAACAGGUGAUGCGCCUUCAGCCCUAUGAUCUCAGAAGGAGACUUUACAUCAUAUUCCGUGGAGAGGAAGGCUUGGACUACGGAGGACUAGCAAGAGAAUGGUUUUUCCAUCUGUCCCACGAAGUGCUAAACCCCAUGUAUUGCUUGUUUGAGUAUGCCAACAACAACAACUACUGUCUGCAGAUCAAUCCAGCCUCCAGUGUUAAUCCUGACCACUUGAUGUACUUCAGGUUCAUUGGACGCUUUAUAGCAAUGGCUUUGUACCAUGGGAAGUUUAUUGACAGUGGCUUUACACUACCAUUCUACAAGAGGAUGCUGAGUAAACGACUGACAAUAAAAGAUCUGGAAUCCAUAGAUCCAGAGUUUUACAGCUCACUUAUAUGGAUCAAAGAGAAUAAUAUAGAAGAAUGUGGAUUAGAGCUGUUUUUUUGUGCGGACUUUGAAGUGUUGGGGAAGUUAGAUCAGCAUGAGCUGAAGCCUGGUGGAGCAGAUAUUCGAGUGACAGAAGAAAACAAAGAGGAGUAUUUGAAUCUGAUGUCCAACUGGCGAUUCACUCGUGGGGUGGAGGAACAAAACAAGGCCUUUUUGGAGGGCUUUAAUGAAGUUGUACCACUCCAGUGGCUACAGUAUUUUGAUGAAAGAGAAUUGGAGCUGAUGCUGUGUGGUAUGCAGGAGAUAGAUGUGGAUGACUGGGAAAGGAACACCAUUUACAGGCAUUACACAAGGAACAGCAAACAGAUACAGUGGUUCUGGAAGUUUGUUCGUGAGAUAGACAAUGAGAAGAGGACUCGAUUAUUACAGUUCGUCACAGGAACAUGCCGAUUGCCUGUCGGGGGAUUUGCAGAGUUAAUGGGGAGUAACGGGCCCCAGAGGUUCUGUAUUGAGAAGGUUGGCAAGGAAACCUGGUUACCAAGGAGCCAUACCUGUUUUAACCGGUUGGAUCUGCCUCCGUACCGAAGCUACGAACAAUUGGUGGAGAAAUUGACUUAUGCAAUUGAAGAGACGGAAGGCUUUGGCCAGGAAUGAAGAGUUCAGCUACAAAUUUCACAUUUCUUUGUUGUGCACAGUCUGCAGGUCUUCACAGCAGGAGUAUGCCUGCGUAACAGAGUUAUCGAACUUCACAGCAGGACAUUGGUCUGCGUAACAGAGUCAUCAAUCUUCACAACAGGACUAUGCCUGCGUAACAGAGUUAUCGAACUUCACAGCAGGACUAUGCCUGCGUAACAGAGUUAUCAAUCUUCCCCAGCUUAAGUUUGGGCAGUCAUCGCAGCCAGCAGUUUGGGAAGAAAAAAAAUAUAUGGUGAUUUCACAAGGGCAUUUGUGGAAAAAGAGAGAAUUCUUUUUUUUUUUUUUAUAUAUAUAUAUUCUGAUUCAAGAUACUGAACUGUGACAGUUGUGUA